GGGGGGGCCGCUUGCUACAGAAGUUUUUGAGGGUUAUUUUUUAAGAUUUCUAGCAAAGGCAGUUUUAUAUUUGUAUUUAUAAAUUAUAAAAAGUGUUAAAUAAUUUAAUUUUAUAUUAAAAUCUGUAUAGCAAUAGCGAAUUUUACUAAAAAUGCUAGUUGAAGAUUAUACCGCGGGAAAACUGUGAAACGUUUGACUUUGACUACUCUAAUGGCCGCAAUAGCGCCAAUGCUCUUGGUGUUUGUUCUUUUCCAUUAGAUUAGUGCUAUAAAUGUGCGUUGAAAUCAUGUUUUCAAGUUAAAAUUACUUAAGUGAGAUGGACAUCAACGCUGAGGUAUCCACACAAUUGUCACUCAUCGAUGUUCUGUUGAGCGACUUUGACAAGACGGUUACACCAUGCGCUAGUAAAAAGAAUGAGAAAAAAGAAGAAGAAGCCCAGGAUGCAAUGCCAGACUCAACGACCAACACGGAAAAAAAUAAUGCAAACCCAUUCCAUUGUGGGGAUGAUGUACUUGUUUCUAAUAAAGAUGGUCGUUAUUAUUUAGGGACAAUAGUAGAAUUGAGCACUAGCAAUGACAAUGACUUAUGCGAAGUGGGCACGGGCGUGGCCCGUUGUCUCAUUAAGUUUGGCGAUGGCACACACUCGUGGGCGCCGGUAUCCUCCCUGAAGUUGCUGAGCGCGCCGCCUGCAGACGACGGCCGCAUCAUGUGCGUGGUCUGUAAGCGGCGCGAAGGUCCCGCGGCGAGUCCAGCUACUAACGCGAUUAUAGCGUGUGAUAUGUGCGGAAGGGGAUACCACGCCAAAUGCCACUCCCCACCUGUAGAGUCCUGGAUUACUGGUGCGUCAUGGCAUUGCAAAAGAUGUGUGGAUCAAAGGUAUAGGGUGGCGGCUGCCGAGAAUCGGGCACUGAAGCGAUCAGAUCUGUUUAGAUUUAAGGGAGGUCAACAGAGGAGGCAGCAACAGGAAUUAACUCCUCCCUGUGAUACUGCCUCCACCACAUCAUCAACAGCAUCGGAAGCUGGCAAAGAUCAGAAUGAGAAUCACUGUUAUUGUGGGGAGAAAAGUGACUGGCUGGCCCAGGUAGUAUCGCUUUACCGUUCCUCUCACCCAGGCGACCGGGACGGAAUCCCAUACUUAUGUGGAAUGGAAUACUUUCAGAUGUUGUUGUGCUGUCGAUGUACACGUUGGUUCCACCAAAGAUGUGUAUCCAGUUUGCAGUACCCAUUGUAUGCUGGUGAUAAAUUGUACAUAUUCGCGUGCGCGGAAUGCAACGGCGGCAACGAAUACUUGAGGCGUUUGGAACUAUGUUGGUUGGAGUUGGCUCAUUUAGCGCUAUACAAUCUGACCGCUUACAACGCACCCAAUUACUUCGACCUGGACAGCGUCAUCAUGCCCUACAUUAUGGACAACUGGCAUGCGUUACAACUGCCCGAGAAGAUGUGGCGGACACCCGUGAACGAGCGGCGCGAGAAGAUUCUAACAGCGUUGACGUCCUCUCGUAAGCGAUUCAAGUGCGGCCGAGAGAUGAAGAAACGAGCCACCAUAUGGGGGCUGCGGUUACGUCGACCGCCCCCAACACCCUUACAACUAUCAGCUUUGGAACAGAUAAAGAAACGAGAGCCCUUGACUGAUGAAUUGGUAAGAACAUAUGCGCCGAAACUUCGUUUUCUGCCCCGCCCGCCGACGCCGCCCACUCAAUCCGUCGUAGAUGACAGUUUACAACCUUCUAGCAGUAACACAGAUAAAAGUUCCUAUAAAAGUCAUAAUCAACGUAUGAUAGUACCGGUCGAUGGUCAUUGGCUCAAUUUGAUGAUGGGCAAACGGUUUCAUGAAAAUCUCAACUCUAAUUCCAACUCGGAGAACGAUUCUACUAGUUCCUAUGAAUCUGUCAAACCUACCGAAAACGAGGAGCAACGCUCUCCAACAUUAUGUACUUCAUCUACUAGAAAAUCCGAUGCCAAAGAAAUAGAAAGUAUAACCAAUAUAAAUGAAACUGAAACGAACGAAGCUAAAUCCACCUGUGAAAACCCUUCAGUGCCAUUACUAAACACGUCCCUAGUUCCAUGUACUAUAAAGUUAGACAAUAUAUCCAAAGAUGAUGACGAUAAAACGAGCAUUAACCAGAUCAAUACUAGCAAUUUCAAUGUAAAUACCCAUACGACAAGGAUAGCCACUAUGAACCUAGAAGUAUCUAAGUUAUCUACUAAGAAUAUUAUUGAACAUUCCAAAAUAAUGUCUUUGCAACAUAUGGACAGAUUGCCGCCUUGCAGCAACUUCUAUGACAUGGAAUCAUCGGGAGAUGAAACCUCUAGUAGAGGCACGCUAGAUGCCAUUAUACCACCGCUUAAAGACUUUCAAGGUAAAAAUAAUCCGUUUCUAAUGCAAAAUACAUAUCCAUCGAAGAAUUUUACGUCUAACUUAAUUACAUGUAGUAAAAAUAAUAAGCUGAAUGGAAAACAAUUAUUCCAUUCGCGAUUGUCGCUACCGGUACAGUUAAACCCAAUGAUGGGACCUCUGGUUCGACCAAUGAAGCGAAAGCUUAGCGAAAAAGAUAUUGUUAUAUUACCUAAUGGAGAGGUGAAGAGAAGGAAGUACAGGAGGCCUAGAAAAUAUUUACAAAUGCAGUUAAACAAAUCGUGUCCGCUUCCCGACGACACAACCAAGUCGGCGCAAACACAAAACGAAAACGUUGAAAUAGCCCCGCCGACUGCUCACACCAACGUCAAGUUCCACGGAAGAAGACUGAGACAGAGGCAAGAGAAGAACUACUACGAGAACGCGCGUCGAAACACGAACAGUAGCGCGAACAACAAUAACAGCGUUAAAAGUCUCCAACUGAGUCCCCAUAAGGGGAAUACUAGUGUGGCGGAAGUGGAUGCUGAACAACUCUCGGCCUUAAAGUCGAGUGUGCAGUCUUAUUUCAGAGCGGGACAAACGUUCCGCUUGCUGGCUCGCCGUCUCGCUCCGAAUACGCCCCCUGCAUACCUAAUUGAGUGGGACUCCAACGCCUCUUAGGGAAAACGGCCGUUAAUGAAUUUAUUUAAACUAUACAUAAAUAUACAUGUAAUGUAAUAAUAAUAUAUAUAAGUGCUUGUCUGUAGUCGUAACUUAAUUUAGUUGUACAGAUCGAGGAAUGUGAUAUAUUAUAAUUCCAACUGGA